GUUGACUUCCUGUUUCUGUUUCACCUCAACGUUUGGGCGGACAAACCAGUGUUGCCAACUUGGUGACUUUGUCGAAAAGUAGCUACUUUCUGAAAAAGCCUUGGCGACUGAGCGCAACAUUCUGCUUCACUUCUACUGCCCCAGGAGAGCGAGUUUUUGCAUUCCCAGUUUUGGACAUCUUUCCCGAAUUCUUGUUGUGAGACAUGGAUGAUGACGAAAUUUGUGCUCAGUUUGUGGACUCUAACUGGGCGGAACUCGUUCAGAGGGUGGGCAUUGCGGUGAUGCCAAUAGCAGAUGAGCUUUGGUCAAAUAAAAUGCUGGGAAGCGAGUCUUACAGCAAGAUCAAAGUAGCAGCUACCAACCAGGAGAAAAUGAGAGUGUUGGGUGACGUCUUGCACUCCGGAGGAAACGCUGUUAAAUCUGCUUUUUAUUCUGGACUGGAAAAGCAUGCAGCGUGUCUACUUAGAGAUCUGAGUAUCACUGAGUAUCACCUGGACUCUGGGCAAAUACAGCCAUCAGGAAUAAACACGGUGAUUAAUCAAUAUAAAAGACAGAUUUGCACUGAGUACCAGCAUGUUAUGGAGUAUAACUCACUGCCCGGUGAACACGUGCUGCUGUGUCAGCGCUACAUUGAACCUUUGAUCAACAACAAAUAUAGAGAUCGAAAAGAAAGGGAGAAGGAGAUCUGCUCUAGAGGAGAGAGUUUCCAGGAUGUUCUCAGCUCCAGGAGCAGUAAUGAAUCUGUCCUGAACUCUCUGUUUGACCCAGAUGGCCGUGGAAUCACUCCUGGUGCUGUCAUACUGCAGGGAAACUCUGGCAACGGGAAAUCUUUUGCUGUGCAGAAGAUCAUGUUGGACUGGGCAUCUGGUAACCUCUACAGAAAGGAAUUUGAGAUUGUGUUUCACCUGAAGUGUAAAGAAAUCAACUGCAUUCUUGACACAAAGAGUUUGGUGGAGCUCUUGAGCUGGAGUUGCGGUUUAACUUCACAUCAGAUCUCACUGAUGUUACAGAAGUCACCGGAGAGAGUGAUGUUCAUUAUUGAUGGGUUUGAUGAACUUAGACUCACAGAGGAGAUUUAUAGCAUGACACCACCCACAGAUCCACACCAGAGAUGUUCACCUGAGCUCACUCUUUGUGCCCUGCUGAAGAGACACGUCCAGUCAGAGUCCUUCCUCUUGGUCACCACCAGAUCUACAGCUACAGACACACUAACCAAGCUGCUCAAAACACCUUACAGUUUUACUGAGAUAAUGGGCUUCUCUGAACAAGGGGUGGAGGAAUAUUUCCAGAAGUUCUUUCAGGAUAAGGAACUCUUCAGAAAGGCUUAUAAGUUUGUGAAGGCAAAUGAAAUCCUGUUGAAUGCCUGUUCAAUUCCUGUUAUCUGCUGGAUCAUCUGCACAGUUAUCAGAGAAAGAUUCAAUGAUGGUGCAGAUGUAACAAGUGGUCUGGAAACAGCCACAUCCAUAUAUGUUGACUUUGUGUUCACUCUACUGGAACAUCACUGUCAGGGUUUGAGUGAGUCUGUCCCGACCCUGCUGAAGAGUCUGGGUCAACUAGCGGAGAGUGGGAUGAUGAAACAACAAGUUAUGUUUGAUGCACAGACUGUCUAUGGGACAAUGCAGAAUCCCGCUUGCAGUCCGUUUCUGUGCAAGUUUCUCUUUAAGAAAAGGACCCGACAAGAGACGAUGUUCAGCUUCAUGCAUCUCAGCUUUCAGGAGUUCUUUACUGCUUUGUACUUUGUAUUUGUGGAUGAUGGCCAGUCCAUGAUGAAACUAACCCAGCUAUCUUCCUUUAAAGAUAGGCCUGAUGUUUAUAAUCAUGCCCCACCACGUUUUGCUGAUGUGAUGAAGUUUGCUUUUGGCUUGUUAAAUGAGGAUGUACAAUGCACACUUGGGAAACAUGGUCUGUUGGUUGAUAAAAACACACAAGCCUAUCUGAAAAAAUGGUUCCUUUAUGAGCUUGAUUAUUCCUAUGCACCAUUAAUGUUUAACUAUCUCUAUGAACUCCAUGAAUCAAGCUUUGUGAAAGAAGUUAUGCAGGACUGGGAUUACAUUUAUGCACAUGGUCAACACUUCAGAAGAGCAGAUUGUUGGGCGCUGGUGUAUUGUACUCAGUGGAGCCACAGCAUCGGAGAAAUCUUCGAUUUAUAUUUAGGAUCACAAGAGUUGUCUAUUAGUCUGCCUGUUCUCCGCAAGGUUAAGGACUUACGGUUAACCGUAACGGAACCAUCAGACUCUGAUCUUACUGAUCUGAUGUGUGCUCUUACAGAAAGACAGACCCUGAGCUCACAAAGUAUUGAUGUUAGCAUUCAAGACUCAUCUUUUUACUCCCUUUCUUUGUCAGUCAGUGAAGAGCUGUUCAGUAUUGACAUCUCUUGGAACGUUGAUGAUUAUGUGGUUCGGUCACUUCGUCUCACUCUGCCAUGUUCAGAGCCUAUCGACGGGACAAAACUUUUUCAAACAUUUCCCCUCAUGGAUUUGGAUGCCUUGAUGUCUGCCAUCCAAUCUUUGUCUAAACUAAAAAUGGUGGAACUGAAUGUAGGCUACCUGAAUGCAAACUUAUGUGUUGGGGCCCUCUCAAUCAGCCAGAAUUGCCCUGAUCUAACAAAACUCAGAAUAAAUGCUGACUCUAUACUUGAAGAUGGAAUCAGGAUCUUGCAAAGUGCACACACAAGGCCAAAUUGCACUAUGACAUUUAAAGGGUACAGAUGCGACCAAUACGUCAAAUUGACAGUCAGUUGUCAGGGCUUUUCUGAUGAGAAAUUGCGAAAGCCUUUGUUUCGGGACUAAAGCUACAGCUAAGUGAACUACAGAUGGGACAGAAGUUCUUAAAGCUUUGGAUGGAGACAGAAAUAUGAAAUACAUAAAGUGCAGAUAUUGAUGUUGUAUAUGGUAAUAGUUAUUAGUUUUUACUUUUACUAAAAAUGUUUAUGAAGAUGUUCUAAAUGCAUAAAAAAUAUAUUUCCUAAAUAUAUGUACUUGUCACUAUACAUUACUGGUGUAAUGUUCUCUUUGCAGUAUUUAGGGUCUGAAAAAAAACACAAAGCAACUUUUCUGUUGUUUUGACCCGUUUCUCCAGUUUAUAUUUUCUGCAAAUAAAUACAAAUAGAGACUAUAAUUUAUUUGAAAUUUGGUAAAAAAUAUUGUAAGUAGAUAACAGAAUUAAAUAAAAAUGAUAAUUUUACCUUAACACACAUAGGCUACCUAUAAAUAGUAAAUUUUAAAAUCAGAAAAACAGCCUCUGAAAUGUUCUCCUAUUUUGCCGUGGCUGUACAUAUAUUAUAUAUACUGCAGGGCCAAGAAAGUUGCUAAUUGGUCUAAAGUUGAAUCAUUAUUCCAAAAGUCAAUAUGUUUCAUUUGACAUAAUGCAGUGUAUAUGGUUUACGACAUGGUUAUCUAAGUUAUAAUGUUAAGCUCCUCUGCUCAUGAGUUAUCUCAUGAGGUUGGAGGGAAUCUCACUUCUUCCGGCUCAUCGGCAGUUUCUGGCAGCUCUUGCCUUUGAUGUUUGCCUUUGUAUUAAAGCACUGUGUUUGCCUGUGUUCAUUGUCUGGUUUUAUCUUGUGUUACAUGUG